AUGAUAACGGAAUUUGCGCUAAUACCAAUCCUUCUAGUUUAUCCGGUAUCGGCAUGUUUUGGUGGUUUAGGAUGUUGUCAACCACAACAACAUGGAUGUGUUGGAAAUCCUUGUGGUGGUGGAGGAUAUGCAACUCCACCUAAAGGAGGAGGUUAUGCUGUACCUCAAGCAGGACCAUCGCUGUCAUCAUAUAGUGUACCACAAGCAGGACCAUCAUCAUACAGUGUACCUCAAGCAGGACCGUCAUCAUACAAUGUACCGCAAGGAGGUCCAGGGCCAUCAUCUUAUUUGGCACCUCCAGCAGCCCCACCACCACCACCAUCUUACUUUGCACCUCAAGCGGCUCCACCACCAUCUUAUGCUGCAGGUCCACCACCAUCUUACGGUGGAGGAGGUCCAUCUUAUAGUGGAGGUCCACCACCAUCUUACAGUGGAGGAGGUCCACCACCAUCUUACGGUGGACCUCAGGCAGGACCAGGAGGAGGAGGACCAUACAAUGCUCCACAACCAUCCUAUGACGGAGCACCGAAUGCACCACCACAAUCCUACAGUGGGUCUGGCGCAUUAUCGGCUUCUCAGGCACAAUACAGAGAUUCUACUCUGGGUGGUGCACAACCAUCCCUGACACCACCAGAAAAUCCACCAGUACCAGGACGAUUUGCAGAAGCUGCUGAGCAAGCAACCCUUCCUGGUGAUCUUGGAAGUAUUUCAUCGUUAUCAUCAUCCACUGGUGAAACAAUAGACGAUGCAACUCAUGAAGUUACCAAACAACAAGAAGCAUCAAAAGCACAAGCAGUUCCAAUUAUUUCAAAAAAUAAUAAACUACGACACUGGCAAUAUUAA